AUGACAGCAACGCCACGGUGUAUCACGUUGCCUCACUCAGUCGCCCUGGCAUCGCCCUUCCUCAAACAUCACAUUCGCCUUCUGCCCCACCGUCACCGACGCUUCCUCUUACCGUCGCCCACGCUUCCUCUUACCGUCGCCCACGCUUCCUCUUACCGUCCCCCACGCUUCCUCCCACCGUGGCCCACGCUUCCUCCCCGUCAACCACGCUUCCCCCCACCGUCGCCAACGCUUUUCCCCACCGUCGCCAACGCUUUUCCCCACCGUCGCCAACUCUAUUCCCCACCGUCGCCAACUCUUUUCCCCACCGUCGCCAACGCUUCUCCCCACCGUCGCCCACGCUUCCCCCCACCGUCGCCCACGCUUCCCCCCACCGUCGCCCACGUUUCCCCCCACCAUCGCCCACGUUUCCCCCCACCGUCGCCCACGUUUCCCCCCACCGUCGCCCACGUUUCCCCCUACCGUCGCCCACGUUUCCCCCCACUGUCGCCCACGCUUCCCCCCACCGUCGCCCACGCUUCCCCCCACCGUCGCCCACGCUUCCCCUGCCAUCGCCCUCCGUGUCGCCCGGGAAUCCCCCCUCCCGCCGGCCUUCCUCCCCUCCCGCGAAAAACCCCCCCGUCCUCUCAUUACCCCGGCCUCUCAUCCCCCUGUCCCCUGUCCUCUCAUCCCUCUGUCCUCUCAUCCCCCCGUCCUCUCAUCCCCCUGUUCCCUGUCCUCUCGUCCCCCCAUCCUCUCAUCCCCCCGUCCCCUGUCCUCUCGUCCGUCUGUCCUAUCAUCCCCCCGUCCUCUCAUCCCUCUGUCCUCUCGUCCCCCUGUCCUCUCAUUACCCUGUCCUCUCAUCCCCCCGUCCUCUCAUCCCUCUGUCCUCUCGUCCCUCCGUCCUCUCAUCCCCCUGUCCUCUCGUCCCCCUGUCCUCUCAUCCCCCAGUCCUCUCAUCCCCCUGUCCACCCUCCUCUCAUCCCUCCGUCCUCUCAUCCCCCUGUCCUCUCGUUCCCCCGUCUUCUCAUCCUUCUGUCCUCUCACCCCCCCGUCCUCUCACCCCUCUGUCCUCUCGUCCCCCCGUCCUCUCACCCCCCUGUCCCCUCAUCCCCCUGUCCUCUCAUUCUCACCCACCCGUCCUCUCAUCCCCCUGUUCCCUGUCCUCUCGUCCCCCCAUCCUCUCAUCCCCCCGUCCCCUGUCCUCUCAUCCGCCUGUCCUCUCAUCCCCCCGUCCUCUCACCCCCCCGUCCCCCUGACCUCUCGUCCCCCUGUCCUCUCGUCCUCUUGUCCUCACAUGCCCCUGUCCUUUCAUCCCCCCGUCCUCUCAGUUCAUAUUCUCUCUGUCCCCCUUCUCUCUGUUUCCCUUCUCCUUAUCGCCUUUCUCCCUGUCCCUCGUCUUCCUCACCCCCUUCCCCGUAUACCUAUCCCCUACUACCACCAUUGCCUUCCCUACCCUUCCUCACCCUCCCUCCUAUUUCCCCCCACCCUCUGCCUCCCUUUCCCUCACCAUCUCCCCAUGUGUGGCAACUAUCAGCAAGCUCAUCGCCACCACACCUCCUCUCUCAACAGAGGACAAUGCACUGA